AUGUCCUACCUCAUCCUCUCUAUCAAUGCAGGCAGCUCAUCGUUAAAGACAACGCUGUUUCUUGAAGAAGAGAAAGAUGGUGAGAAGAAGCUAAGUCGGUUGGCGAGCGCCGAGCUCAGCGCCAUCAAUCAACCCCCGGCUAAACUGAAAUAUGUCCGUGGUUCCUACAAGAAUACCAGUGAACUCGGCGACAUCAAGGACCACAAAGGCGCCUUCGAACACAUCCUCCAUGCCUUUCUCAACGACUCCGAGAUCCCUCAAGCCUCAAACAAAGAAGAUAUACACUAUGCCUGUCACCGUGUCGUGCAUGGCGGCGAUUUCGAGGAAGAUCAGCUCAUCACCAGAGAAACAUUUGACAAGAUCAAUAAACUAUCAGACUUAGCACCACUACACAAUGCCUCUGCAGUCAGUCUGAUGAUUGCCUGUCAUGAACAUCUCCCCAAGGUCACCAACGUCGCCUGUUUCGACUCAGGAUUCCACCACACGAUACCUGCACCUGCCAAAACUUAUAUGAUAGACCAAAAGAUUGCGAAAGAGAAGGGCUUGCGCAAAUAUGGCUUUCACGGACUCAGCUACAAAUACAUCAUCAGAACAGUCGCCGACUACCUAGGCAAGCCGCAGGCAGAGACCAGCAUCAUUGCUCUGCAUCUCGGUAGUGGAGCAUCAGGCUGCGCAAUCAAGAAUGGCGAGUCAGUAGACACGACAAUGGGGUUGACACCUGUUUCUGGUCUCCCUGGUGGUACCCGGACUGGUGACAUUGAUCCGAGUCUGGUCUUCCACUAUACCUCAGAGGCUAGUGCACUCAGUCCCAACAGUACAAAAGAUCUUCACAUUUCCACAGCCGAAGAGAUCUUAAACAAACAGUCCGGUUGGAAGGCUAUCGCGGGCACCACCGACUUCUCCAAAAUUGCCGACCCCAACGCGCCCGACACGCACAAGCUCGCCUUCGAUAUCUUCAUUGACCGAAUUGUCGGGUAUGUCGGAAACUAUUUUGUCAAGCUAGAUGGCAAGGUGGAUGCCCUGGUCUUUGCUGGCGGCAUCGGCGAAAAGAGUGCUUACUUGCGCGAAGUCGUCACCCACAAGGUCUCCUGCCUGGGUUUCACUUUGGAUGAUGACAAAAACAAGAAGGCGGCCGAUGGUGGCGACGUGGUGAAUAUCGGCACGAGCGAUAAGAUGCGUACCCUUGUCGUCGAGACUGACGAGGACUUAGAGAUGGCUAGAAACGUUGCAACGCAUCCGGGGAGGUUUAGUGGAAAAUUGACCGUUUCCUAUUGA